AUGACUGGUGGUGUGUUCCAGUGUUUGGUGGGGGCACACAGUGAAGACAAGAUCUUACAGAUUCUCAACCAGCUAAAUGAUGGGGAAAUCAGUCUUUCUGAUUUCCGAAUCAAGGCUAAAGAAAUUAAGGAGGAAGAGAAAGAAGACUCUACUAUGAAAGAGAUAGAGUUGGUCAGACUAAGAAGAGAAGUUCACAGACUUCAAGCAGAAAACCGGCGACUGACAGUAAUUCUGAUGGAAAAGAGUCAGGAAAAGGAGACAGAGACUGCUGAGCCUGAAGUCCAGACCCUUGAGUCUGAAGACCAGACUAUUGAGCCAGCAGUCCAGACUGAUGAGACUGAAGUCAGUGGACCUAGUGUAGGUGGUCUUGUGAUGGCAAGGUGGUCACCAGACAAGGUCUUUUAUGAGGCAAAGGUCCUGUCAAUAACAAAGAAAGGUUAUACUGUUAAGUAUACUUUGGACGGCUACAAGAGGACAUACCCUCAGAAGUAUUUGAAGCCACUAUAGAACUAUUGAUACUCAGUUUAUUGAUGCUUUAAUGUGCAGUGCAU